AUGUCGGACCCGCCGCCAAACAAUGGCUUCGUCGGUCGCGUCCGCGGCGCGUCGCUAUCCAUCAUCAAUGCCAACCCGCAGCUGGGCAUGUGGCAAGCCACCGGCACCGCCAUCGCACAAGCCCCCAAUCUCACUGAACUCCGCGACGCCGAAUCUGGCGGCGACAAGAUCGAAUUCAAUGCCCAAGGCCACUCUGCGCGCUACGCUGUCCCCGAGCCAGACGGCGAGCUCACGCUGGUCAAGACAGCGACGCUCACCCGCAGACCCAGUGUGAUUCCAAAGUUUGACAAGGACCCUUCCACCCAGGAGCCCGUCACUAUUCCUGAGGAGGUAGACGUGGAGCAGGGGUCGACAAGGGAGGAGACUAUCGCUGAGGCAUCUGGAGAACGCCAUCACCAUCAUUUUCAUUUGCGCGAAAAGCAUCGACAGCGACUGGAGCGACGGAAAAGUCUAUACGAGAAACACAAGGCUGACGAGAAGGAGAAAUGGGGACCAACGAUCCUAAACGGCCUUAAGGCCUUUUGGAAAUUCUUUCUCACGCCAUCUGGCUUCCUCAUAACGCUAUACGGUCUGAAUAUCGUGGCAAUGCUCUUCUUCCUCCUGCUCAAUGUCGCACCAGCAAUGAACCAUCCCAGCGCCAACGACAACAACUCAGCACGCAAGAAAUGGCUCGAGAUCGAUAGUCAGAUCCUCAACGCCCUUUUCUGCGUCACAGGCUUUGGUCUCGCCCCAUGGCGCUUCCGCGACUGGUAUCGUUACACCCGCGCUGUCUACUGGAAGGAUGUUUCCGCCAUGCAGAAGCUAGCCGAGCAAAACAAGGCUUGGUUUCGACCUCCCGCCUGGGCCACGGAACAAAACACAAGCCUGGCUGACUCGACUACUACUCUGCCUCGUUCAACCACCUUUACUGGCGAGAAGGGACCGCCAACACCACUCUGGAAAUUGGGUUUCACAAUCUAUAUGAUGCUUCUGAAUACAUUCCUGCAAGCUGUUUUGUGUUACUUCAUGUGGGGGUAUAAUCGCAUUGAUCGCCCGAGCUGGGCUACAGGUACUUUCAUCGGCCUUGGUUGCGGUACAGGAUUGUUGGCUGGUCUAAUGUCGUGGUGGGAGGGCCGCAAGGUUAAGAAGAUUGAAGGACCCGAGGUUAAAGUUAUUACUGUAUAA